ACAACAGCAUGUCGUAGAAGGAGAUAACAGGUGGAGCCAACGAUCCGCUAAGACUAACGUAUCUACAACUCCAUCCCCGAGCGGCAGUCAAACGGAGGCGUGAAUGCAAGAUGCCAGCGGAAUGAUCGGCCGGACAGAGGCUAGGGCUGCUUCCUUCCCACCGCGUCCUUCCUUGUGUGUCGGAGAUAUAAAGCGAGUGCACCGGAAAAGAACAGGAACUGGGUCGAUCUAUUCUAUGGCGAAGCAUCCGAAGCAUAACUGCACACUCACACGAUCUUUGCCGAUAGAUAGGAGCAUUCGGUGGAACCGGUGAACUACACUUGCUUCUGGAUAGAUGUGUGGGACAGAGGGCUCGUGGUACCUGCUGCCCACCUUUCCUCCUCUGCUUUGAGAACCGUGUGAACAGAGAGUGGGCAGAAGGGAAGGAGGUCCUCAUACGGAGUCGCACACUUACUUGAGCAGUGCGGAAGAUUGGGGAAUGGGUUGAGUAAACUCCCCUGCGGCCGGGAAAAUAACAGACGAAGCUUUACUUAGAUAGGGCUUUGAUUGGUUUUUUUUCUUAGUGAUUGGAAAGGAGGGCGCCUGGGUAUGUUACAAAAAGGGAAGGCAGAGGUAGUACUUCGAAUGGCGAAACGAAGGGCUAAAUAGCGCCAGUGAUUCUCUGAGCCGGUCUGGAUUUUCAACGCCUCGGGAAACUGGUCGAGAUAGAUGACAGCACCCUUUUCCUCUCUUCCUUACCGGGAGGGCAAUCUUAUCUUAUGGCCUUCACCUCCCGCCCGGCCCGGAAAUAGAACCUAGCCCCCCCCCUCUGAUCCAUUCAUUUCUGCAAGCAGGGGGGAUCCUGAGCUAAGCCUCCCGUCUAUUGCAUAACCUAAAAAAGCUAUAAGCAAAGUACCAAAGGUGCGCUCCGCCCGGUGACUCAGAAAGAAAUGGGUUUGCGCUUUGAAGUGAUGAGGUCGCAAAGAGGGAAGUAGGGCUCCUAUUGAAAGGCUUUCCCUCCCUCAAAAGGCGACCAGCUUUCAAUACUGUUACGUUACGCUGCCAUUUUUCCAAUAUCAUUGAAUAGCAUGGCCUGCCUGGGGCUAAGGUCACUCAAGUGGGAGAGCCGUGUUAUGGGUGACCUUAUUGCACGGUUCAGAGAGCACUUGUGUAUGUGAUGCAAGUGAACGUGUACGAAAAAGCUGUAUCUAGGGUGAGUUCUUCGUUCCGUCGUCGACCCUAUCUAUGUUUCUACGAUGGCCCAAGAACACGCUCAUUCUUCAGUCGUAGAGAGACUUUUGAAUUGCGAGGUACCAUUACGAGCUCAAUAUAUACGAGUGUUAUUCCGUGAAAUAACUCGAAUUUCAAAUCAUUCACUUGCUUUAACUACUCAUGCUAUGGAUGUGGGAGCAUCAACUCCGUCCCUGUGGGCUUUUGAGGAGCGGGAGAAAUUGUUGGAAUUCUAUGAAAGAGUCUCGGGAGCCAGGAUGCAUGCCAGUUUCAUACGACCUGGUGGAGUGGCACAAGAUCUGCCUCUUGGCUUAUGUCGAGAUAUUGAUUCCUUCACACAACAAUUUGCUUCUCGUAUCGACGAAUUAGAAGAGAUGUCAACCGGCAACCGUAUCUGGAAACAACGAUUAGUGGAUAUUGGUACUGUCACUGCACAGCAAGCAAAGGAUUGGGGAUUCAGUGGUGUAAUGUUAAGAGGUCGUGCGACAUUGAAAGUGAAGUGGUGGGCCUACCCAUCCCAACCAGGGGUAUGCUGGGAUUCGCGAAGAGCAGCACCUUACGAUGUUCAUGACCAAUCGGAUCCUGACGUACCAGUAGGUACCAGAGGAGAUCGCUAUGAUCGUUACUGUAUCCGUAUUGAAGAGAUGCGACAAAGUCUGCGGAUAAUUUUCCAAUGUCCUAAUAAAAUGCCUAGUGGCAUGAUCAAAGCCGAUGAUCGUAAGUUAUGUCCUCCAUCACGAUGUCGAAUGAAACUAUCCAUGGAAUCGUGCAUUCACCAUUUCGAACUUUAUACAGAAGGUUUUUCCGUACCAGCUCCUUCUACCUAUACCUCAGUUGAAGCACCUAAAGGAGAAUUUGGUGUCUUUCUGGUCAGUAAUGGAAGCAAUCGUCCCCACCGUCGUAAAAUAAGAGCACCUGGCUCUGCCCAUUCACAAGGACUGGAUUCUAUGUCCAAACAUCACAUGCCAGCAGAUGUGGUCACCAUCAUAGGUACUCAAGAUAUUGUGUCUGGAGAGGUGGAUAGAUAGGACUGCUAGUUGCUCGAUCAGGACCCUAGCUUUAUUGCGAGCCAAAAACCU